CGACCCAUCUCAACAGCCACACUGCCGCCAGCUUGAGCUCCAUCUCAACAGCCACAUCGCCGUCAUCGCCGUCAUCGUUUCCGCCAUGUCCAAGGCUGUAUCAUUCACUGCUCACGAGCUCUUGUCCGAUGGCACCUUUGGAACAGCUCAGUACGAGUACGUGCGAUCGGCCGAGAAGCAGAUCCAGGUCCUGCGCAACAGCGAACUGCAUCUGACCCUCGACGGCGACUAUGCCAUCGUCAAGACGCUCCGGUGCGGCAUUUGCAGCACCGAUCUGGCCCGGCACUUUUUGCCCUAUCCGCUGCCGCAGAUCAUUGGCCAUGAGGUCGUCGUGAGCCUGGUCGACAGCGACUCUGCAGUCGGCGGCGAUGCUUCGGAGGAGAAUGCCGCCGAUGUUGGAGUCGACGGCUCGCGCACCGCCCGCUUGGGUGUCGUCGAAAUCAACGACUCGCAUCUCUCGCAUGGCUGCGGCUCCUCGAGCGGAUGCGCAUACUGUCGCACGGAUACCGGCAUCCCGUCGCAAUGCCCCGAGCGCAUCACCUUUGGCAUCAACCAGUGGCCCGGCGGCAUGGCCCCGUACGUUAUCGUGCCGCUCGGCAACCUCAUUCCGAUUCCAAGGGACACUCUUUCGGUGACUUCGGCCGUCCUGAUCGAGCCCUUUGCUGCCGCCCUGCAUGGCGUUCGCUGCUCGCAACCCAGAGCAGGCGAUAGUGUCGCUGUCUUGGGGGCCGGCCGCCUUGGCCUGCUGACCAUCGCGGCUCUGGUGGCCUUCCGGGGCUCUGCUUCUGCCCAGGAGGCAUCACCAGCGUCCUCCUUGGCUGGCGGCGAUGAUCCGGUCAAGCAAUACGGCUCGGCUUCCCCUCGGCCGUUCAGCAUCACCGCCAUCGUGCGCACCAUGGCUCAUGCUGCCGAAGCAACUCGUCUUGGCGCCGACCGCGUCGUCCUCUCGAGCUCAGCUUCGCCCAUCGCCGAGUCCUUCGAUGUCGUCUUUGACACCUCUGGCAGCCCUGAUGGCUUCGAUGCCGCCCUCCGUCUUGCCCGCCGCGAAGUCCAUCUCAAGAGCACCCAUGGCCAGCCCGUGCUGGGCCUGCAGCAUCUGACCGAGCUCGUUGUGGACGAAAUGGCCGUCGUCAACUUUGACCUGGACGCUCUCGAGUUUGCCUGGUCUGGGCAUGCCGGUGACCGUCGCCAUCGUCUCGACGCCGUCAGCGCCACCAACCUGCCGUCCACCACCCACACGGCCCCCAGCAAUCCCAAUGUCCUUGUAUCGUCGUCCGUCGAUGCCGCUGUCGUCGCGCAGAUCGAGUCGACCGGCCGCAAGGUGUAUCGCUUUGCGCUCGCGGAUGGCUCGGCCGACAGCGUCGCCCAAUACGACCGUUGGAUCGAGAGCGGCGAGGGCCGGGAUCGCCUCGCGCAAUCGGGCUCGCCGUUCCCACGGUUUGAUCUGGUCGUCGUCACCAACGAGGCCGAGAUCGACGCUGUCAUGCGGCCCAACCCGGUUCACGACCGUUCGCUCUUGCGGACCCGAGGCGCCUUCCUGAUUGCGUCCCGGUCCGCUGAUGAGCCGUCGCCAUCGCUGUCGUCCGAGGCGAGCUUGCUGCAGCGUCUGGCUGAGAAGCGCCUGAACAUUCGCUCGUCCCGCUGUGGCGAAUUCCGGGUGGCGAUUGAGGCCCUCACAAGCUCCGAGCACGGCAUCCAAGUCGCCCGCAACCUCGAGCGCUUGGUGACGCACCAGUUCCCGCUCUCAAAGUUGCCCGAGGCAUUCCAGACGGCGCAGAGUCGGGUCGCCCAGGACGGAAGCAAGGUCAUCAAGGUCGUGUUGGACUGCGCCCUGUGAUCAAGCAGCUUGAAUCCAGUGGCAAGCGGAGUGCCCAUGUCAUAUACCCUCAAAUGACAGAGGGGGCAGAGAGGAGAAGGAGGAGGGCUGCGUCGCCGUCACAUCAGGUCCGUCCCUGACCAGUGUUUGUCACAACGAAUACAUCAAAACACAAGCGUAACUCUGUCCGCGCGCACUGUGCGGGCAAUGGGAGACAGAUCAGUCCAACGGCUGAGAUCCG